AUGCCAAUAAAUUCUAAUACAAGAAAUAUAAGAAAUGCUCCUCUUGUUUCUAAUACAAGAAAUGUUCCUUCCGCUCCUGCUACGCGUUCUACUGCAAAUAAAUCUUGGAAAUCGAAUACAAAAAGUAAUAAAAAGGAGGCGAAAGAAGAAGUAGCGACUUUAGUUAUGCGAGUUUUGGAAAAAGUUGGUUCUCAAAAGACUGGAAUUUCAAAAAAUAUGCGUCUGAUCGAUCAAACUCCUGAAGUCGUUAAAUGGUAUAAUACAGAACGAAUGCGAACACUCCCAAAACCAAUGCAAGUCUUGCUUCUUGAACUUUGUCAAAAGUAUGGCUUUUCUUAUCCCCGAUUUCAUCAAAAGAGCGGGUCUAAUAAUAAAUUGACUUACAUCACUUGUAAAGUUAAUCAAAAAUCAUGGGAACCUGACACGAGUUUCUCAAAAAGAUCUGAUGCAAAAGAUCAUGUGGCAACCCACACUUUCAACAGUUUAUUCCUUAAAAUUCAAAUUCGUGAAGAGGAGAAAAUUAAGAAAGAAAAUGAACUAAUAAAAGAUCAAUGUGCCCAGCUUAAAAGGAGAAACUAA